CACUAACCACUAAGCCUCUCUCUCUCUCUCUCCCUCUCUCGGAAGAAAGAGAAACCUCUCUCUCUCUCCUCAUGAUCAGAUUUUUUUCUUGGUUUUCUGUCUUGUAUUGCGGUAAUCUACAAUCACAUACGCACAUUAUACACACAUAUGUGCGUAUGUGUAUGUAUAUAUAGGCCGGACAUUAGCAUCUGACCAUGAAUCUCGUUUGUCACUGAGAUUGACUUCCCCCCUGUUCGGUCUGUCCCCGAUUUCCAGAUCUGUUCGUCAAAACUUGACCAUGGAAUGCUUCAAGCUUCGUUUUCGGUUUGGCAGGGAUGGAUCUUGACAUAAGCCCGGAUCAGGCAAGAUGUAUUUGCAUGGUUUGUCCAGGGACAAAUCACUUUUGCAGAACGACAUCGGUCUGAACUCUGAGCAAGAACGUGUUGAUCCUUAUUCAGAGGUUUCGAAGAGGAAACCCGUCAGCAUGGUCACUCUAUUCGGGAGGCAGGUGUUUCCGGCCUCACAACCUGUAGAUGAACAUGCAAAUAGAAAUUUGAGGAGAGAUAUAGAUCUUCGCAUUCAAUCCAAGGCAAAUGAAGCAUCAACCUUAACUUGGAUUAGCAAGAGAAGCCCGGUAAUUGUAAUCGAUCUAGAGCAAUCUCCCUCGACGAAAGAGACAGAGCCUUCUGCUUCUGUUUCUUGUACCGAGAGAAAUCUUGAAUCACAGCCGCCGGUGCUGUCUGGUCAAAGCAUCUCGAAAAUUCAAGAGGCGGGGAAAUCCCUUGUAGACGAUGAUAGAUGCUCCGAGAAGUUGGGAUUUUCAGAUAAAGGAUAUAACAUGUCUUCCUCAAAGCAGAGCUUCGUUUCGUGUGAACCAUGUCUCCUGGACCUGAACGAGACACCAGUUGAUGAGCCUUAUCCCGAUCGGAACCGAUACUUCUUACAGGACCUGAACUGUCCUUAUUCUGAAAACACGACACCGAGCUGCGAGAAAAGCGGGGUCGAAGAUCCUGCACCGUUUUGCACUCCUCGUAGUCGAGAUAUUCUUGAUAAAGAUGGUACGACAUCUCCAGCUUCAUACACUUCAUGCUGCACCACAGAAAACGAUUCAAGAAUCAAGCCGGUACCCUCUUGCCGUACGCGGCUUGAAUACCCUGACACGGAAGCCUUACCGACCGAGCCAAGAAACGGAAGCUGUAAUGAGGAAGAUCCAACUGAAACGAGCUCGUUUAUUCAAAUUGCAGCAGAAUCAUUGGUCUGCAUCUCACGCAACAGCUCAUACCAGCAUCAUCAAGACCUGCCAUCCAAGCCCGAGUCACGAUCUAACAGCCCAUCUCGAGAUCGAGACCUUCCAUCCAAAGAACCGGAGUGUUCUUACGAUUCUUAUGAACUACUGACAUUGGAACUAACCGAAACAAGCCAUGAAGACAACUGUGUGUCAUCGAAGGCAGUUGAUGAACUGAACAUUACAGGGGAAAGCAAAGAACUCGGAUUCAAGCUGAGACGAGGGAGGAGGAUGAAGAACUUCCAGAAGGAGAUACUCCCGGGCUUAGUCUCGCUCUCCAGACACGAGAUCCGCGAAGACAUAAACGUCUUGGAGGCGGUUUUGAGGUCGAGGGAGUACAAGAAGAUGCAUGGAAAUACGGGAGAUGACAAAUGCGGGAAAAACCCGAGAAAGAGACGCCCGGGUUCGGGGCAAAGACAUGUAGGUAGAAGGAGGAGGAGAAGAGGCGGAUGAGUAUAUAUACAAAACCCGAGAUUCGGGUUUUACGUAUGGCUUCAUUGGUAUAUCAAUUGUACGGUAUGUUUUUUCAGUUAUUUGACAUCGAUUGAAGUUAGAGAGCAGGGAAGUAGCUUGAGUAGUAGGAACUGGCCUUUGUAUGAUCUUCAAAAACUCUCAUAUUGCUCGUGUCAUUUGUUGUUUUAUGUCUUGGAAGGGAUAAAGACAAUUGAAUACGUUGGAAAAUGAAAUUGACGCGCCACCGUCA